AAUAUUAUGUAAAAUGUUGCAUGCUGCGACACAGCAUCUGCAGCAACGUCAGUGGAGCUUCAAAACAAAAGUUUGCUUCAACUAAACCGGGCAGCAAUAGUUGAAAUAAGUUGAGCUUGAGCUUCUGCAUGCCACCAGUGGCUUGUUUGUUUUAUUAGACGCUUGCUGAGCAUAGCUUUUAGCUGCAGAGCCUACACCGUGUACAAAGCAAUCAGUGGAUAUGCAAUUGUCAGACAGUUGGUUGAACGAUUUUUCGAUAUUUUGACAAUCAGUCGCCUACUCGACGGCAAAACGCGCGGUUCACACGACUUAAGCUGCACGGAAAUUGAAAUCGAAGUGAACCCAGUGGUGGUUUAGUGGCUGUGUCUUGUGCUUCAAUUGAAAUAAAUUACAAUAAAUACAGUGAGAGUGAACUUUAACACUUUUAAGGUUAAAUUUGGGAAUUUUUUUGCAUACAAAUUUGGUUUGAGUUUGAAAAAAAAAAAGAAUUUUGUUUGCGUAUAAAUUGAAUGUAUAGUUUUUUUUUUGGUUCCGAAUGAAAGAAAUAAAGAAAAUUGUAAAAAUCCGAACAAUGAAACAACAAACUACAGCACUUUAACAGCAACAACUAGCAAGUAAACGAGACACAAGAACACAGAGAAAACCAUGCGAGAAAGUGCACGCACUCUUUGCCAACUUAUCAGACCAAAAUAUUUGACUCAACGCAUUGCGCUUAUCAGCAGCGUUUUUGUUUCCACUGAAUUCCACUAAAAAUUCAACUCAUUGAGAAGCUUUUAAACAAAAUAAAAAUAAUUAAUUAAUAAAAUAUUCAAAAUAUACCUAAACGCAUACAUAUAUUCGCACCAUGUAUUCGUUAAAUGAAGUGAGUGUUUACACAUUGCUGAGAAUGGCGUUCGUUUGGCAACUACUUUCCUUUGCCGUCUAUUUGGUGGGCCUGCUGGCCAUUGCAACAUUCUUCUUUGACAACUUCAAAUCGGUUUUGUGCAUAGUGAAGUCGAUUUUAGAGCCAUAUUUUCAACCGCAGCUGCCGCAGACAUUGGUGGAAAAGUUUGGAAAGUGGGCAGUAAUCACCGGUUCAACGGAUGGCAUUGGGCGGGAAUAUGCUAAGGAAUUGGCCAAACAAGGCAUCAAUGUAGUACUCAUCUCACGUACCAAGGAAAAGCUCAUCGCGGUGGCUGAGGAGAUUGAAAGAGAAUUUAAAGUAAAGACAAAAUGGAUUGUCGCCGAUUUCUCUAAAGGACGGGAAGUAUACACACACAUUGAACGUGAGCUGAGUGGCAUACCAGUCGGCAUACUUGUUAAUAAUGUUGGCAAAAUGUACGACUAUCCCGAUGAGCUGUCCAAAAUUCCCGAGGAUACCAUUUGGGAUCUAAUCAAUAUUAACGUGGCAGCCGUCACUAUCAUGUCACGCAUGCUCAUACCAGAACUAAAGAAACAGAAGCGUGGUGCUAUUGUAAAUAUUUCCUCCGGCAGUGAAUUACAACCCAUACCUUAUAUGGCUGUGUAUGCAGCAACCAAACGUUAUGUGCGUUGCUUCUCCCAGGCAAUUGAACGCGAGUUGGCCGAACAUAAUAUAACGGUACAGUGUGUUACACCACUCUUUUUGGUAACCAAAAUGAAUCAGUAUUCGGAUACAGUGAUGAAGGGUGGCUUUUUAAUACCGGAUGUAAAGAGUUUUACACGUUCUGCCGUUUUUACGCUGGGUAAAUCCACUGAAACUACAGGUUAUUGGACACAUGGUUUGCAGUACUUCUUCAUGAAACUCGGUCCAGAAUGGCUACGCAUACGUAUUGCUCAUCUGAUGACUCGCCAACUGCGACGGGAGUACCUGAGCACACAUGGAAAAAAAGUGUGAAAGACUGAUGUGAAUUUUGUAGAAUAUUCGAGCAUUUUUAUUAUUGUCAUACAUUUACCCAUUUGUUGUACAUACAAACAUACUGCCUUUUACAUAUUUUUUAGUAUCUAUUACGUUGAUUUCCUUUCGAUUAUGUGAAGGUACAUUACUUUAAUUAAAAUAAAAAAGAUAAU